AUGAAGGUUAUAUCAGCCGGCUUUCCAAAAACUGGAACCAAGACUAUGACUGUUGCUUUAAAAACAUUGGGAUUUAAUGUUUACGAUUACAUGGAAAACAGUACAAUUUUAGGCAAAGAUUGGGAAAAGAUAUUUAAAGCUGGCGGCACCACUGAAGAUUUUCGAAGAAUGUACGAAAAUGUGGAUGCUGUGUCUGACGUACCACCAUGCUAUUUCUGGGAAGAACUUCAUAAAGCCUUUCCGGACGCAAAAAUAAUUUUGACUACCAGGGAUGAAGAUUCAUGGUUUAAGAGUUUAGUAACGCAGAUGCGAUCGGUUGAAUCGAGUUGGACUUUGAAAUUAAUGUCACUCCUAACACCCUCUGGAUAUUUGUCGUUCAAUAUUUUAUCGGAUCAUUGUGUUGUUUACUUUACAAAAUCCGUUAUUGAAAGGAAGAUAAGACAGUUGCUGGAAAUGGAUUUGAUAUAA